UCUACGGAUUUUAUCUGCAACCGGAGGUGUUUGAAAGAGCUUAUGUGCACGCCUUUCGAGGAGAAAAUAGCCUGGCGGCUGGUGGCAUGCCGACACCAAGGCAUCGUGUACAUGCAUGACCAUCCUAUACAGGCUGAAGUUCAUAAAUAUCUCAAGGAGAGAGGCAACAAGAAGCUGGAGCGUAGGACGUACUGGGGAGUCAAGUUCCACCGCGGCAUGACCACAACCGACCCAGAGGUUGUUCCCGAUGAAGACGAGCUGGUCAGGGAAGGAGACACAUACAACGCCGUCCUCCGCGGCCAGCUUGGGUCGCACUCGUUGCUGAUGGCCACAGAAGUGAAAGCUGUGGACCCUUCUGUUAAAUGCGAGUCGGGUUCCACGGCUGGCUACGUGGAGUUUAAGACGAAUCGCGUAUUAUCUCCUCCUUGGCAUCGUUCCGACUUCUACAGGCACAAGCUGCUCAGCUGGUGGGCCCAGUCGCGCCUCGCAGGCGUGCCGAGGGCGCUGUGCGGUUUCCGCGAUGACGAAGGCUGGCUGAUGAAUAUCAAGGAAUUCGACGUCAUGACGAUGCCAGACAAGGCCGAGGGGCAGUGGUCAGAAGACGUGUGCAUGCAAUUCUGCGACCGGCUGCUUGCCUUUAUUAAAGAACACGUCGAAGGGGAUGACGGAAGGACUGUCUACUGCUUCGAGUAUGUGCCGUCAUCAUGCGAGGUUACCUGCACGCGCCUGACAGAUCCCGGGAAGCUCUUUGCUUUGCCGGAUUGGUUUCUGGAGGCGUUCGAAGGCUGCUGAAGUGUUCACUCCAGCUCCGAGUCGUCGCACCCGACAUGAUGCAUUUACGACAGUAGCAGCCCUUACGAAACAUUUACACCUCCCGGAGAAAAAACUUUAUUGUGCCCUUAUUGUUCAUAAUAGCUUACUGUAACUUAUGUUGCUCGUAACGAUGGCUUCUUGUGAGUUCUCAAAAAAGUUAGAUAUUUUUCUUUGUAAUUUAUUUUUCUUUAAUAUAUAUAUAUAUUAGCAAUGUUCCGAGGACCUCGGUUUAUUAAUGUGGCAACUCGAUCGCAAACGCCCCGAAAGCAGCCAAUGAUUCUGUUAACUACGGGAUGUGUACGUAUAAUUUCCUGCAUCCUUCUGCCAAGUCCGACUG